AUGGAGGCAUACGACGAGGGCAUAGUGCCCAUUCAUUAUGGCCUCUUCAGGCGCCAGAGUGACAGCGACAGUACUCAGAAUACUUCGAAUUCGGCUUCUGGUCUUGUGUCCACGUUGGUGGUCAACUUGGUUAUCUCGGGUGCCAUGGUCCUCCUCUUCGUCCUGCUGCGUCGCCGCGAGAAGAGGACUUAUAUGCCGCGUACCUACUUGGGAACCUUGCGGCAAUUCGAGCUCACUCCGCCCUCCUCGACUGGCUUGAUUGGCUGGAUCAAGGACAUGUACCGGCUCCCCGAUACCUAUGUUCUGCAGCAUCACUCAAUGGAUGCGUACUUCUUGCUCCGCUAUCUCAAGAUUGUCUCGAUCAUCUGCUUCGUCGGUUGCUUGGUUACCUGGCCAGUGCUCUUUUCGGUCAAUGCCACCGGCGGUGGAGGCAAGCAGCAGUUGGAUAUUUUGAGCAUCUCGAACGUGUCGAACACCUUUGGCCGAUACUACGCACAUUGCUUUAUUUCCUGGAUCUUCGUCGGAUACAUAUUUUUCACGAUCACUCGCGAGAGCAUCUACUAUAUCAACGUCCGCCAGGCUUACGCCCUUUCGCCUCCAUACGCAAACCGCAUCUCGUCUCGGACUGUCCUGUUCACUUCUGUUCCUCAGGAGUAUCUUAGCGAGGCGAAGAUACGCCGAAUGUUUGGCGACGACAGGGUCCAAAACGUCUGGGUAGCUACCGACGUCAAGAAGCUGGAUGAAAAGGUCCAAGAGAGAGAAAAGGCUGCGAUGAAGCUUGAGGCCGCCGAAAUCAGCUUGAUUAAGAUGGCGAACAAGGAACGACAAAAGUCUAUGAAGGGCCAGCCCGCCGAAGAGGAAAUGGCACAUCUGGACAAUACGGUUGAGGAUGACCGGGAUGCUGAAUCAGGUUCUGUCGCCGCCCGUUGGGUCAAGGCAAACAAGAGACCGACUCACAGACUCAAGUUCCUCAUUGGCAAGAAGGUCGACACCAUCAACUGGGCUAGAUCUGAGAUUGAGCGUCUAACCCCCGAGAUCGAGGAACUCCAAGCUCGUCACCGUGCAGGUGAUGCCAAGUUGGUCUCGUCUGUUUUCGUCGAGUUCUACACGCAGACGGAUGCCCAGUCUGCGUUCCAGUCCGUCGCACACAAUCUUCCUCUCCACAUGGCACCGCGUUACAUUGGUCUUGACCCGACUCAGAUUAUCUGGUCGAAUUUGCGCAUCAAAUGGUGGGAACUUGUCAUUCGAUAUGCUGCAACCAUUGCCUUUGUGACUGCCAUGGUUAUUUUCUGGGCUAUUCCCACUGCAGUCGCAGGAGCUAUCUCCAACAUCAACUUCCUCACGAACAAGGUCCCCUUCCUCAAGUUCAUCAAUCACGUACCGAAAGUCAUUCUGGGUGUCAUCACUGGUCUUCUGCCAACCGUUAUCAUGGCUGUUCUGAUGGCUUUGGUACCUAUCAUUCUGCGAUUGAUGGCCAAAUUGGGAGGCUGUCCUAGCUUGGCUGCUGUAGAAUUGAGGACUCAGAACUUCUACUUCUGCUUCCAAGUCGUCCAGGUUUUCCUUGUGGUCACCCUCGCCUCUGCUGCGACUAGUGUGACUACUAAGAUCAUCGAAAACCCUACUUCGGCCGCGUCACUGCUAGCCCAGAACAUCCCUCUUUCGUCUAACUUCUACAUCUCUUAUAUCAUCCUUCAGGGAUUGUCCUUCAGCUCUGGUGCUCUCCUUCAGAUUGUCGGUCUGAUCCUGUCCAAAGUCCUCGGCAAGGUCCUGGAUAACUCUCCUCGGAAAAUGUAUAAGCGCUGGGCAACCCUGUCUGGCCUUGGCUGGGGAACCGUUUUCCCUGUUUUCACACUGUUGACGGUCAUUGCCAUCACGUACUCCUGCAUCGCCCCGUUGGUCCUGGGUUUCGCUACCAUUGGUCUCUAUCUGUUCUACUUUGCCUAUCGAUACAACUUGCUCUACGUCUCCAAUGCGGAAAUUGACACUCAGGGCAAGGUUUAUCCUCGGGCUCUGCAACAAACUACGACCGGAUGCUACCUCCUCGUUGUCUGCCUCAUCGGUCUGUUCGCCAUUGGUACUGGUUCCGACCGGAUGGCUGUUGGACCGCUGGUCUUGGAGAUCAUCUUCCUUAUCUUCCUUAUCCUUUACCACCUGUCUCUGAACAGUGCCUUGGAGCCCCUGAUCAACUAUCUUCCCAAGAAUUUGGAAGCUGAAGAGCAGGGCCUCCUCGAGUUGGAGCGCAGCAAGCUGGGCCAGACCAACAGCAGUGACCCUACCAGCUCUGUUCCGGACGGUGACUAUCCUGACAAGGUGGACUCGGUGGAGAAGGGUUUGCACAACACUGCUCUCCCGGCCCCCCACAAGAAGCCUAGCAUCCUUGCAAAGUUCCUCCGCCCAGAUAAGUACACAGACUACGCCACUAUGCGCCGUCUUGUGCCCAAUACCCUGGACAGCAUCCAGUAUCCUCCAGAAGUUGAACGUGAUGCAUACUUCCACCCCGCGAUUACUUCGCAGGCUCCUCUUCUCUGGAUUCCUCGUGACCCAGCUGGUGUCAGCAGGCAGGAAGUCAAGCAUUCGCUGAAGGUAAUCCCCAUCACUGAUGAGGAUUCCUGGCUGGACGAGAAGAACAAGGUCCACUGGAACUCCGAGUCAGGCAGACCGCCUAUCUACGAGGAGAAGAUCUACUACUAG